AUGAGAAAAUUCAAGAAAUCAAUAUCAAUCACAAAGCAAAAUCUAAUGGAAAAAACUGGUAAUAAAGAAAAUACACUCGAACCAGAUCAAAUGAAGGAAUUAGAAAAACAAGUUACAGAUACAAAGGAUUAUUUAAGAAAAUUAACAAAAUCUGUCGAAAAAGAAACUUUAAGCUCAGGUUUAUCAAUCCAAGAUGGUACAGAGUUAGCAGAUAAUUUUAUUGAUUAUAGCGUUUAUGUCAGAGAAAAUCAAACUGAUAUGGUAAUUUUAUCUGGUAUUUUAUCGAAAAUUGGUGAAUUUCAAGCUGGUUUUGAAGAUUUAAAAGCUAAAUUAAACUCAUCUUUAAUUAAUGAUGUUAGUGACCCAUUAAAAUCAAUUAUAAAAACCGAAUUAAAACAAGCAAAAGAAUCUAAAAAAGAAUAUGAUAGAGUUAGAAUUGGAUUUGAUGCACAAUUAUCAGAGUUACAAACUUUAAAGAAACAAAAGAAUGUUAAACCACAAAAGAUUCAAGAAUGUGAAGAUGAAUGUGAAAGAUUAAGAACAAAUUUUGAAAGAGUUGGUAUCGAUACAACAUGCCUUUUACAAGAUACAAAUGUUAUUACAGAAUUUGAAACUGUCGAAAAACUUUGUGACUAUUUAGAUAGUUAUCAUACAUUCUUCCAAAAAGGUUAUAGAUGGCUAGCCCAAAUGAUUCCAGAUAUUUAUGAAUACCGUCUUUAUGUAGAAAAGAGAAAGGCCGAAUUAGAAAAAUCUAAAGUACGUAUUUCAAUGAUGGUUUCACCACAAAAGCAACAACAAGAUGCCAUCUCUAAAUCCAAAAUUUUUGGUGAAGAUCUUUCUGUCAUUCUCCAAAGAGAAGGUUCUAUCAUUCCAAGAUUUGUCACCAGAGCUUUCCAAGCAAUUAGAAACCACAUUUCAACUGAAGAAGGUCUUUUCCGUUUAUCUGGUACAAAGAGAAUUAUUUUCGAAUACAAAGCUAAAAUCGACGAAGGCAAGGAGUAUAAUUUAAAUGAAAUAAGUGAUAUUCAUGUCGUUUGUAAUCUUGUUAAAAUGUUCCUUAGAGAAUUACAACCAGAGCCACUUCUCACCUACAGUCGUUAUAACGAACUCAUCGAUACCUGCAAUAUUGAAGACUCAAAUCAACGUGUCGAAAAGAUUACCAAAAUCCUUCAAUCACUACCAAAACACUACUUUACUCUUUUACAUCAUUUAAUUCAUCUCUUACACCAAAUCUCAACACAACCUAAAUCAAAAAUGGGUCCUGCUAAUUUAGCUACAGUCGUUGGUCCAAAUAUUUUAAUUUGCCAAACUGAUGUUGUUUUAGAAGAUAUCGCUUUAGGUAAUAUGGUCGUUACAACUAUUAUUCAAAAUUUUGAAAAAAUAUUUGGUGGCGAACCUGAAAUUAUUGUCGAUAGUGCUCCAGCUUUUACUUCAUCCCAAACAACUCCAACAUUUAAUAAUAAUCAACGUUUACCACCACCAGUUUAUAACAAUAAUAACAAUAGUACCAUAAACCUUAAUAAGGAUGACGACGAAGAACCAUAUGAUCCAAAUGCCCCUCCAAUUUACUCUGGUGUACCAAUGAAAGGUAAUAAUUUACACCAUUCAGAUUCUUGUUCAACUUUAGAUGAUAGCUUUGAUUCAGAUAAUGCUGUGGAGUUAUCAGAUUAA